CCCUCCUCACGGCCACAUCGCCCGCCCUGCCCAGUGAGGCAGCUGGCACAGCUGGACUUUGAGCCGCUUAUCAGGUGGUGGAGGUGCCAGGAGGGGAGCGGAGGUGCCGGAGGGGUGUGGAGCUGUCGCCCGCUAGGGUGUGAAGGGGCUACACCCAGCUGUGGCAUCCCCCUGCCAGGGGCACCGUACUGGUGCAGCCCCUAAACCCCUCAGGGGAACCCAGUGGGUGCUGCCCCGCUGGCUGCCAAGCCCUGGUACCUGUCAAGGUGUCGGGGUGCCCCCCCGGUACUCUAGGGGUGCACGAAAAGCCCUUUUGUACCUCCUGCCGUGGGCAGGGCUGGGGCUCGCUGCCAGGACGGUGGCACAUGGUGGCUUCCUGCCCGCCCCGGCCCCACCGCCCGGCUCAGCGUCCCCGCCCUUUGCCCAGCCCCGCGUUAAUGAUCCACCCGCGGCCGCCAGCCCCCAGCAGCCACCGGCGUGCUGGCAGCGGCAGCAGAGCCGGGGGUCCUUGGCACGGGCGGCUCGGGGGGGCUGGCGGCUCCCUGCCCUGCGCCCCACCCCUCUUCCCCGGCAGCCAGAUAAGAGCGGCUGCGGGCAGCACCGGUGCCCAGCGCGGCGUGGGCACAGCGGCCGCGCCAUGGCCACGGUGAACCUCCGCGCCCUGACCUCCUGGGUGGGCAUCGCCCGGCUCCUCGCCCUCGUGCUGUCCUGCCUCACCUUCAGCCUGGUGGCCUCCACCAGGGACUUUGGGGAUCCCUACGGGACGUGGUGCAUGUUCACCUGGUGCUUCUGCUUCGCCGUGACGCUGCUGGUGCUGCUGCUGGAGCUGCUGGAGCUCUACCCGCUGCUGCCGCUCUCCUGGGAUGACUUCACCUCGGCUUUCUCCAUGCUGGCCGCUCUGAUGGUCUUCACCUCCUCGGUGGUGUUCCCUGCCACCUUCAUCAAGAGCCCCUGCAGCGGCAGCCAGUGUGCCCGGCAGGCCGUGGCCACCGCCGCCUCCUGCCUCUGCUUCCUCGCCUACGCCACCGAGGUGUCGCUGACCCGCGCCAAGCCCGGGGACAUCAGCAGCUUCCUCUCCACCGUGCCUGGGCUCCUCAAGGUCUUUGAAACCUAUGUGGCUUGCCUGAUCUUCUCCUUGCUGCAGGACUUGUAUAAGGAAUCUGGCCUGAUAUGGUGCGUGGCUGUCUACUCCAUCUGCUUCAUCUUCACCCUCCUCAUCAUCAUCUUCACCAUCGGCCGCUGCCUCACCUACAUUCCCUGCCCUCUGGAGAAGGUGCUGGUGGGCUACAACUUCCUGGCCAUGCUGAUGUACCUCACUGCCACCAUCAUGUGGCCUCUCUACAACUUCCGGGGACAGAGCCGCCCCAAUUCCUGCGACAAGUACUGCCCGUGGAACAGGCACCUGGGGGUCACCUUCCUCACCAUCUUCAACUUCAUCGCCUACUUGGUGGACCUGGUCUACUCCACCAGGAUGGUCUUUUUCAGGGCGCCUCCCUAAGGGCUGGGGAUGGGGCUGGGGGUGGUGGGACGCGGCUGGUGCCGGUGCCGGUGCCGGUGCCGGUGCCGGUGCGGGGCUGCCGGCGGAGCUGAGGAAGGGGCCGGAUGCCUCGGAGAGCUCCUUGUCCCCGUGCUGGAGCACAGAGCCAGGGAGUGCCCCAGGGGUGCGCUCAGCCCGGGCCCCACGGGCUGCACACAGGGGGCUGGAGGGGCCACGAGGGGCUUGAGGGGG